GGAACCCCGCUGCCGCCCGCCCUUCAUAUAUUAGCAGGAUGCCCAUUUAGAAAAAAACCCAUUUCGAAAAACUGUCGAUAACACUGGAAAUCUGAGAUACUCGGUGAGGAAUUUGGGAGACCGUCGGCCAAAUAAUAUUGGGAUAAUAAGCAAGAUAUCUGUACCCGUAUUCAUUUUGCAGAACAUAGACUUGAAACUUUCUCAUAAGCUCUCACCAAUGGCAUCACGAGUUGGCGGAGUGGUUCAAGAUCAGAAUAUAAAUGUCCACUACAAUGAAGCUUCUGUUGGCUGGAAGACUAAUGUCUCCAAAGUGCUGCCGAGGAAAGGAGUGCUAGGUGGAAGGACACCACUUGGUGAUCUGUCAAAUUCACUGAAGCCUUCUCUGAAUCAGGCAUCAAAGAAGCAUACCACUAGCAUUUCCUCCUUAGCUGAGAAAGAGACUGGUUCCUCUUUAAAUGCACUUGAUGUGACCAAGAAGAAAAGUAUGAAAGUGCAAACCAGUGGUAGGAAAGCGCUUUCUGACAUAUCAAAUUCAGGGAAGCCAAACCUGAAUGAGGGAUCAAAGAAGAAGUGCAAUACAAAGUUGAGUGUUGUGGCAGAGGAAUCAAUUGACGCCAAUGCAAUUGCGGAUGAACGUUUUCUGCACAAUCAUCAGGAAUGCAUCAAAGCACAAUCUAGACCUAUGGACUUGGAUCAGUUUCUUCAGACAAUUGGAUUAGACAAUGUGUUCCCCAAACUGCCGGCAAAUCGUAUGUCAAUUAAGGCUCCGAGUCCCCCAAGGCACUUGGAACUGGAAGAGAUGACUGACCAGCUGUUUGAGGAUCAAUCCUGGAAACGCAAGCAGUCUAGAAAACAUGACUCUCCGCCUGCUACUCCAAGAUCACCAAAGCAUUAUAUGCACCUUGACUACAACUUCAAGUUGUUAGAAUCCCCAUAGAUGCCAAAGCAUUGAUUUGCCUGUCAUCAAUGCCUCUCUGGAUAAAUAGGAAAUUUUUUGUUUGCGGCAGUCAUGUGAUUUCAAUCUUUUUGCCUUCUUGUUAGGAUGGAAUGGAAUUUAUGCCUGAUAUGGGCAGUACUAUUACAUGAAUCCAAUUUUCAUCUGGGAAAAGCAAUCUUUUUCUCAAC